GUGAGUAUAUUCGUCGGGUCUGCAUGGAAAUGGAGCGAAAAGAGACAACAAUACUACCUUCAUCAGUUUGCGGUUGAACAAGCAGACUUCAACUUCAGAAACCCAGCCGUCAAACAGGAGAUGUUUGAAAUUAUGAAGUUCUGGUUGGAUAAAGGCGUUGAUGGCUUCAGAGUUGACGCGCUACCAUACCUGGUAGAAGCAGAUCCAGCUGACCAUGGUGGAAAGUACCCUGAUGAGCCUCUCAGUGGACUGCCGCAGUUCGAAUCACAUCAGCUAGGCUACACAAUUCCUCUGUACACCAAAGACUUAAUCGAAUCGUACGACGUCAUAUACGAAUGGAGAGAUUUUAUCGAUGAGUACAAUAAAGAGCAUGGAGGAGAUACCAGGGUUUUAUUCUCAGAAGGGUAUGCCAACAUAACCAUGACUAUGUUAUACUAUGGAAAUGAAGAAGGAAGGAUUGGUACCCACAUCCCGUUCAAUUUCGACUUCAUCACCGACGUGUCAUCUAAGUCUAAUGCGAGGGACUUUGUCUACACCACACUGAAAUGGCUCACCUACAUGCCUUAUGGAGCAGUAGCUAACUGGCAGUUCGGUAACCACGACAACAACAGAAUGCCGACGCGGUUCCGUCACGACAUGGUGGACG